AUGGAUUCGAAUCUCGAAGAAAACCCAAACCCAGAAACCAAAUCUGCAGAAGAACAGCAAAACCCACUCGCCAUUAUCUCUUCUUCUCUACCAAUCGCUUCUCUUUCACUCUCCUUCUUCCCUACCUGCACUCAGUUCCUCAUCAACCCUAAGUUCUCUCGUCUCUUUACUCAUCAUCCAAACAAGGUUAAGAUCCCUACACAAGCUUCUUAUCUCACACAUCUCUCUCUUUCUUCCGUUUCCUCUUCUCCUUUACCUUCCAGAAUCUCAUUCAAAUCCACAAUCGCCGCAAAUCCUCUUCAAUCCCCUCUCUCGAUCGUCCCUCGUCGUCCCGUAGAUCCUUCCUCCGCCGCUGCUCUCCGUCGUGCUGCAGUCGUCUGGUUCCGUAAUGACCUCCGUGUACACGACAACGAGUGUCUCAACUCUGCCAACGACGAGUGCGUCUCCGUUUUGCCAGUUUAUUGCUUCGACCCUAGAGACUAUGGCAAAUCCUCUUCUGGGUUCGACAAAACGGGACCGUUUCGUGCUCAAUUUCUGAUUGAAUCGGUUUCUGAGCUCCGGAAGAAUCUUCAGGCGAGAGGGUCGAAUCUCGUUGUCCGGGUUGGGAAACCCGAAUCGGUUUUGGUGGAAUUGGCUAAGGAAAUUGGAGCUGAUGCGGUUUAUGCUCACAGGGAAGUGUCUCAUGACGAGGUUAAAGCGGAAGGGAAGAUAGAGAAGGCUAUGAAGGAGGAAGGUGUUGAAGUUAAGUACUUUUGGGGAAGCACUCUGUAUCAUUUGGAUGAUUUGCCAUUCAAAAUUGAAGAAUUGCCUUCGAAUUACGGAGCAUUCAAGGACAAAGUCCAGAAAUUGGAGAUUAGGAAGACAAUUGCAGCACUGGAUCAAUUGAAAAGCUUGCCUUCUCGAGGAGACGUAGAACUUGGCGAUAUUCCUUCUCUGUUGGAUCUUGGUGUUAGCCCUAGUGCUAGAACCAGCCAGGAGGGGAAACCGACAAUGGUUGGAGGAGAGACAGAGGCGUUGAAUAGGCUAAAGAGCUUUGCAGCGGAUUGUCAAGCUCGAUUGAACAAGGGAAAUCAGAAAGGAGGGAAUAACAGUGUGUUUGGUGCAAACUUCUCGUGCAAGAUAUCACCUUGGUUAGCCAUGGGAAGCAUCUCUCCUCGUUCCAUGUUCGAUGAGCUGAAGAAAACAGUUUCUGCAUCAACCACCCCCAAAGGUCCAAGGAACGGACCCGGGGAUACCGGACUCAACUGGUUGAUGUAUGAGUUGCUAUGGAGGGAUUUCUUCAGGUUUAUAACAAAGAAGUACAGCUCGGCGAAGACGCAGGUCGAAGCUGGUCCCGCUACAGCAUGUACCGGAGCUUUUGCUUAA